AUGACAGCUAAUGUUAGGAAUACUAGGUCUAGGGGGAAGGUAACUGAGAGCCAACCUGAGGUGAGUGAGGAGUCUAGUGAUGAAGAUUUUGAGCUGUUGGAUGAUGAUGACAGCAGUGGGGAUGACAUAUUUGAAACUGAUUUCAUAGAGGAUGAAAUCAUAAUUGAUGCUGAGGAUGAGAUAGGUGACAAAGAGUUUGAAGAUCACCUUGAUGGGAGUGCAGCAACAGAUAAGUUGUAUGAAAAUGGGAAAAUUUGGAGGGAAGCACCAUUUGGAUCAAUAAAAUUGGAGCCUUGGCUUAUCUUCCCUAACAAAGAGGAGUUCCUACAGGUUUUAAGGGAUUUCUGUAUACAGGAGGGGUUUGGAUUGAACAUAGAGAAGACUGAUAGGAAGAGGUUCACAGCAACUUACAUUAUGGAGUGUUGUGAAUGGAGGAUACAUGCAUCAAUUAUGAGUGAUGAUGUAUCUUGGGCAAUUAAGACACUUAGGGGUGAGCAUACUACUUGUGGCAGACUUGAGGAGAACCCCAUGGUUACAUCUAAGUGGCUCUGCAACAAGUUGGCUGAUGAGGUUAGGGGGAACCCAGACAUUCCAGUAGAGUCCCUACAAAGAAUCUCCAUGAAUAGGUAUAGGUUGAGGGUGAAAAAAAGGUUGUUGUAUAAGGUGAGGAGCAUGGCAAGGGUGGAACUGUAUGGGGGCUUUGAUGAGUCAUAUGGGCUUCUUCCUAGGUAUGCUGAGGUCAUUAAGGAAACAAACCUAGGGAGUUAUGCCCUCAUCAGCUGGACAGGGGAUACAGCCCAAAGUCAGCCCAAAUUUAAGAGUUGCUUUAUUGCCUUCAGUGCACAGAUUAAGGGCUUCAUUAGGGGGUGCAGGCCCAUUAUUAGGAUAGAUGGAGCACAUCUCAGUGGAGGAUACAAGGGGGUUAUGUUGACAGCAGUUAGCAUAGAUGGCAACAAUGAACUUUUUGUCAUUGCCUAUGCUAUUGUGCCAACUGAGAGCAUUGACUCUUGGAGCUACUUCUUCAGCAAUCUCAAACUGAUAUUCCAGCAAGAAGGGUACAAGAGGACUGACUGGACCUUCAUCAGUGAUAGGAUGAGGGGUGUUGAGUAA